GAAGCCAAAGAGGAAAUGACUCUCCCAGUCUUGGCCCCCGCCCGCCCCGUUCUCACACCCCCCUCCCACCUCGGCUCCCCACCCCGCCCUGCCUGUCCCCACCAGGCCAAGGCCACUAGCUCCGGACCCCCCAGCUCCAAGAUGUCAGCUUCAGGCCACCUCUACUUCCUCUUCCUCCUCCUGGGCUUGGCCCCAUCUUCAUGGACCCAAGACACGUCCAUGGCACCCCACUUAGGUACAUCGAUGGCCCCCUACUUAGACAUGGUGGAGAAGAACCAUUCAACCCCAUCCGAGGAGCCACUUGCUUCAAGCUUAAGCACAGCUCGAAGCCCAACCACCUCGGAGCUCCAGCUGACUUCGAGGGAUCCCACCAAGGAUGGUGAGGACACAGGCCAAACCCAGCCAGAGGAUAAGGUGGAAACGACUUCAGCAAUGGGUAACUUAGAGCCUAGAACUGUGGCCAGCAGAACAAGACCCCAGACUCCAUCCAUCUCUUCUGGUGAGGAGGAGUGGGAUCCCUUCAAAAGCAAUGAAUAUACGCUCCGAAAGAGGGGCUUAAUUGCAGCGGCUAUACUCUUUAUCACAGGCAUCCUCAUCCUCACCAGCGAUCGGUGCCGCCAGUUCCGCUGGUGCAGAAGGCAGCAGCGAAGUGCCUACAGGGUGACCCAAGCCUGAGGCCCCAGACUCUAAUGAAGAGGUAUCAAUGGAGCCGUAGCGGUGGAAGGACCCCCCAGACUCCAACCAAGCCUGAGACUCAGGGAGCUCUGGGAAGAAAGCACCACUGACCACUUUGUGUGGCCUCUCACCAUCAUGGCCUCUUUCUCAAGAAGGCACAUGCUCCCCCAGUUUCUAGGUCUCCCUGGUCUCUGACAUCCCCCCGGCCCAGACCCCACAUUUCUCAGCACUUAGCUUGGUACCAAAUGCUCAAUAAACGUUUGCGGGACAAACGGA